AGCGUGAAGGUGAAGCACAAAACAUCUGCAAGGAAGGCCAUCUGGGCUUUGUAACUGGGUUAAAAGAAAACGUGCUGAGAAGUGCACUCCUGUUGAGGCUGAUGGUAAAUGUGCUUGAGGCAGCUGCAAAAGAAUGUAACAGAAUCACACAUCCUCUUUCACCUGAUCUUCAGACAAUUUUCAAAUCUGGAAUCCUUGGGAAAGUAUUUUGAAGUUCUUCUCAACAUAUCUUUCAUUCUGAGAAGUGUACUGCCAAAAUGAAUUUUACAGAGCCUCGUACCACAGAUUAUCCAUAUUAUUCAGACUAUGCUUCUCUAAUCACACAACCUUGUUCUAAGUUGGAAGUCAGGAACUUCACAAAAGCAUUUCUGCCGGUUGCAUAUUCGUUGAUUUGUAUCAUUGGCCUAGUUGGUAACAUCUUCGUAGUGAUGACCUUUGCUUUAUAUGAAAGAACCAAGUCCAUGACGGAUGUGUACCUCUUCAACAUGGCCAUAGCAGACAUACUGUUUGUUCUCACUCUCCCACUGUGGGCAGUGAAUUAUGCUGCUGACAAAUGGAUUUUCGGUGAUUUCAUUUGCAAAAUGACCAGAGGUAUCUAUGCAAUCAACUUCAGCUGUGGCAUGCUGCUUUUGGCCUUUAUCAGCGUGGACCGGUACAUUGCUAUCGUACAGGCAACAAAGUCAUUUAAACUCAGGGCAAGAACGCUUGCACAUAGUAAACUCAUUUGUUUGGUUGUGUGGGUAUCAUCAAUUUUAAUCUCUAGUUCCUCUUUUCUGUACAGUGAAAGUUACAGCUUCUCCACCAAUGAAACCAAAGAGAUAUGUGAUCACAGAUUUGACAGAAUGUCUGAAAGCACGAUGUUGAAAUCACUGCUGCUGUGUCUACAAGUUGGAUUUGGAUUUUUUAUACCUUUCAUAUUCAUGAUUUUUUGCUAUACGUUCAUUGUCAAAUCCUUACAACAAGCUCAGAAUUCCAAAAGAAACAAAGCAAUCCGUGUGAUUGUAUUAAUUGUAGCUGUUUUCUUAGUUUGCCAGGUACCUUAUAACAUUGUUCUUCUUGUCACAGCCAUAAAUAUGGGCAAGAUAGACAAGUCUUGUGACGAUGACAAGAUAAUGGCUUAUGCGAAAUACACCACUGAAGCCAUAGCAUUUUUACAUUGUUGCGUGAACCCUGUGCUCUAUGCAUUUAUUGGAGUGAAGUUCAGAAGUUAUUUUGUGAAGAUAAUGAAGGACCUGUGGUGCAUGAGAUACAAGAAAUACAAUAAACGUGGUUCAAGGACAAACUCUGAUAUCUAUCAUUCAAGACAGACUAGUGAAAUUCUGACUGACAAUGGAUCUUCUUUUACUAUAUAAUACAAUUUGAACAACAUUAUUACUGAAGGACUCUUCUCACCAAGCAACCCAAACCAGUGUCACUGUGCCUGUGACAGCAAGUCAUUUGGGCUUCUCUGCACCUCAGAGGGAGCUCCCACGAUCUACAACUCCUUUCAGGAAAAGAAUUAAGAUAAAAGAAGAACACUGCCUGGUGGAAAACUGAAAUCUUAUUCACCUCUCUUAACAUUCACACUCUUCUAAAGUGCACUCUCUUAGAAUUAUCAGGAAAGUGAAGUUUACACAGGAACCCUCCCUGCUUUCUAAGGAAAAAUUGCAUCUCACCUGUCCAACAUCACUGAAAUAUCUCAAAAGUACUAAGUAAAUUAACUAGGUUAUAUCCAACCUCAUUCUACUUACAUUUAUGUUGUUUCUGUUAAUUACUUCUACCUGGAAAUCCUCUUUAAGUGUAGGUCUCAGCUGUGCUUUUGUUGCAGACAGGUCGUGCUGUGACAGUACCAACCUAAAGCAAACAGAAAUGAAGAAACAGGCUGAAGGCUGCUGACAUAGCUGAGCUUAAGUGUUAGGUCUCGUAAAUCUUUGCCCAGUUCUACACUCCAUCUGCUCAUUGGGAGUUGCUUACACCAAGGCUGAGGCUGGUCAAAGCCAACAGUGACAUGUCUACUAAAGAGAAUAUUAGAAAAAAAGAAAAAUCUUAAUUAAAGAGAACACUGAAAUAUACACAGAAAGGUUUUCUGGCAUCUCCUGAGAUUAUCUUCUGAACAGAGAAUGGGGCUUUGCCUGAGACAUUCUUCUCUUCAUUUGCCAUGGGAUUCAGGUGCUGGAAUCCAUCAAAGCUGGUAAUCUGGUGAACAUCUCUUUGUGAAAAGUUGUUUCUUUCUAGCUGAAAUUCACACUCCACUUUUUAAAAGGCAACAAACUAUACAGAACAGCAAUUAUUCCAGCACUUUUUGUUGGAACUUGAUUGGUGACAAAACAUGAUGCAUUUCUUGGUAUUUAGCUGCCACUAGCAAAGUUUCCUUGGGGAUGGAUUUACUAGCACAAAUAUGCCUAUAUGAAAGGUACUUUAUGAGCUUCAUAAAUUAUUAAGGACGAUAUCAAAAAAUAAGACCAGAAUCUGAUUUAAUUCAGUUAGAAUUUUUACUGAGUCAGCAUUUGACUCACUAUGAAUAUAGGAAUAUUUGUAAUAAAUGCAGUUAGUUUUACCCAGCCAUGACUUUUCAGCAAAUCCUCAGUGGGUCUUCUGCUCAUUGAGCAAGCUUCACCACACUGCAGCAGUUAUGGUGGGACGGCGAGGUAGACAGGAGCAGGAGCUGGAGGGCAGAGGGGCAGGAUGGAGGAGAGAAGAGGAGCACCACUGUUUGCAGCCUGCUGAAGUACCUACCAGUCCUCUGCAGUUCUGCUGCAAUGGGAGCAUAAGCCAUGACGGUGUCUGGACUUGCUGUUGUGUGGGACAUUAUACUCCUAUGACUAUGUAAAUUAAUGCAAUUUGCAGCUUGCUGUUUACCUUGGUUGUUUUUUUUUAAAGUUCAUGGCUGAAGAGACAGCAGAGCUUGGAUCACUAACCACAUCGUUCAGUGGCAAUGCAAAGGGCCAAGGACAGUGCUGGAGCUGAAGAUGCCUUGAGGAAGGGCAUUGAUACGGCACAGCACAAAACUAGUACUGCCUUGGCUGGUGUAAUCCAUCCUUGUUUACAGUGCAGUGUGAGGUUUUUAAAUAUCAAUGCCAGGUGUGAUAAAGAUUGCAUAUAUUUAUCAUGACUGAAUAGCAACCUAGGCAAGAAUAUGAUACAAAAUUAUGUAAAUGCAGAUGCAUGCAUUUGCUGUAUAUAGCACUGAUGAUCUUCU